GGGCCGCACGCGCGAGUACCCGGCGCUGUCCAUCGACCGCUUCGACCGCGACAACCUGCGCGCGCGGGCCUUCUUCCUGUCGCACUGCCACAAGGAUCACAUGAUGGGGCUGCGGGCCACAGCCCUGAAGAGGCGGCUGGAGGUCAGGUACGGGCUGGAGGCGGGGCGGCCUUAGGGGAGGCUGAACUCAGCGCCGGGAACUGCCAUGGGUCAGAAAUCCCAGCGCUGUAACGGGACAGGGAUAUCUCCCACUAGACCGCGUUGCUCCUACCUGGCCUCGGACUCUUUCAGGGAUGGGGUACCCGCAACUUCUCUGGGCAAUUUGUUCUAGUGCCUCACCACCCUCACUCAUUCUAAAAAAUGUCUUCCUUCUAUCUCAUCUAGGCCUGUCCCCUUUCAAUUUGAAGUCAGUUCCCCCAUAUCCACACCGCGUUCUUGUAGAAAGCUGCUCUCUAUAAUUCUUAAAAGCUCCCUUUAAAUAUCAUAUGGUAGCAGUAAUGUCCUCCCCAGAAUUUUCUUUUCUCUAGGCUGAAAAACCCCAGCUAUUUCAGCCUUGCCUUCAGAGGUGCUCCAGCCCUCUGAGCAUCUUGGUGGUGUCCUCUGGAAUUGCUCGAACAGGUCCCUGUCCUUGCUGUGCUGAGGCCCUAGAGCUGGCUGCAGCACUGCAGGUGGGGCUCACAGGAGUGGGGCAGAGGGGCAGAACUCCCUGCCCUGUCCUGUCCUGCUGCCCAGUGCUGGUGAUGCAGCCCAGGAUAAGAUUGUCUUUCUGGGCUGCAUGUGCACACUGCUGGCUCAUGGCCAGCCUCUCAACCACCAGUACCCCAAGUCUUCUGCAGGGCUGCUGUUAACCCAUUUAUCCCUCAGUCUGUUUUGAUAGCAGGGGUUGCCCAGACUCAGGAACACUUGGCCUUGUUGAACUCCACAAUGUUCAUGAGCUUGAUGAGGAUCUCUCUGUUAUUCCCUGGAAGUGUUCAGUGCUGUGCCUGUGCAAUGAAGGGGCCAGCUGUGCUCUCUGUGGUGUUUAAGCAAGCAGGUAGCCAGCAGUUUGAGGGAGACAGUUAUUUCCCUCUGGCCAGCAUGUGUGGGACUUUUCUGGGGUACUGUGUCCAGCCCUGGGCUCCCCUGGAUGGGAAGUUGAUGGGUGUUUUGGUCAGCAUCAGCACGCUGGUCUGGGGCCAGGGCCGUGUGAUGUGUGAGGAGAGGCUGAGAGAGCUAGAUGUCUUCAGCCUUAGGAGUAGGAGACAAUCAUAUAUCACUGCUUGCAGGUAGGGGUAGAGUAGCUGGAGCCAGACUUUUCAUGGAAGUGCAUAAAGAAAGGGCAAGGGACACCUUUUUCACCAUGAGGAUGAUCAAAUAUGGCAAUGAGCCCAGGGAGGUUGUGGACCAGUUCCUAGGCUCUCUUUGAUUUAUUAGAGUAGAUAUUGCAUUUCCUCUGAUGCAAGGAGAGAAUCUCUUUGCUCAUCAGGUCUCUGUGCAUCAGCUCAAGCUUCACAAGGGGUAUUCUGUGUUCUGCUGUGUGCUGAGUGUCCCAAAUGCCUGGGUGUGUGCAGGGGUAGAGAAACAGCAGAUAGGUCAUGACCAUGUACCACACCCUGCAUUUGUGUCUGCACCAAACCAUGCAGGCAGGGGCACACGGGGGCAGGUUUGGGUUUGCUGUGCUGAAGAGAAGCCUGCAGGCUUCCAGCUCUGCAGAUCUCCUCACAUGAGAGGUUUCUGAGGGCUGGGUUUGAUGUUCUGGGUGCCAGGUGCUGAUGUGUCGUUAGAUUGUUCCUCAUGUCUACUUUAAAAAACACUUAUCUGUGGUUUUUGUCUCCUCACAGCUUGAAAGUUAAACUGUACUGCUCACCUGUAACUAAGGAAUUGUUGUUGACUAACUGGAAAUACAAGUUUUGGGAGAAUCAUAUUGUUGCAUUGGAAGUUGAAACACCAACUCAGAUUUCUUUAGAAGAUGAAACAUCUGGUGAAAAAGAAGAUGUAGUGGUGACACUUCUGCCAGCUGGUCACUGUCCAGGUUCAGUCAUGUUUCUGUUUGAAGGUGAGAAUGGCACUGUGUUGUACACAGGAGAUUUCAGGCUUGCAAAAGGAGAAGCAGCCAGAAUGGAGCUUUUGCAUUCAGGGACCAGGGUAAAAGACAUCCAGAGUGUGUAUUUGGACACUACUUUUUGUGAUCCCAAAUUUUAUCACAUACCAAGUCGGGAGGAAUGUUUAAAUGGGAUCUUGGAGUUAGUACGAAGCUGGACCUCACUGUCCCAUAAUCAUGUUGUGUGGCUGAACUGCAAAGCUGCUUAUGGAUAUGAGUAUUUAUUCAUAAACCUCAGUGAGGAACUCGGAAUCAAGGUGCACACAAACAAACUUGAUAUGUUCAGGAACAUGCCAGAAAUCCUGUGCCAUGUUACCACAGACCAGCGCACGCAGAUUCACGCCUGUCGACAUCCUCGGGAAGAUGACUGCUUCCGAGGGAACAGACUGCCCUGUGGGAUGACUUAUCUCAAUGGAACUCCCGUGCAUGUAAUCAGCAUCAAGCCCUCCACAAUGUGGUUUGGGGAAAGGAAAAAGAAAACCAAUGUCAUAGUGAGGACUGGGGAAAGAACGUACAGAGCUUGUUUCUCUUUCCACUCUUCAUACAGCGAGAUCAAGGAUUUCCUGAGCUAUAUCUGUCCUGUGAACGUGUAUCCCAAUGUACUGCCAAUGGGUGGGACAGAGGACAAAGUUCUGGAAAUAUUAAAGCCAUUAUGCAGGUCAUACAGGAGAAUCAUGGAACCCAGGUACAAGCCCUUAGGAACCCUGAAGAGAGCCCACAAGAGAGAAUUAUCUGAUACAGAUGAAGAUGAUCUCUUUGAGUCGGAAUUAAUUUCUACAAGGCCUAAGAUUCCAAAAUGGCAGAGAGGAGAGAGCAGGCCCUCCAGCACAGGACAGGCUGAAAACUCUGAAGGAAACAUUAAUGAGAGCACAGAAAGUUACAAAGGGACUACAACUUACACCUCCUUCAAGGUAGACUUUGUGGACUGUGAAGAAUCAAAUGAUGAUGAUGACGAUGAUGAUGAUGAUGACGAAGAAGAACCUGAAAAAAAUACAGUUCAAUUUCUUUCCCAUGAGCCAAAUGCCACUUCCACAGCCAAUUUCAGUGGAGUAACUAGUGACCAGCAGGAGUCUAAUGCCAGUGUCCCUUGCUGGGAUGAAUUUUUUACAGGUAAUAAACUAGAAGAAAGCUCUGAAAAUGAGGACAACCUCCCAUCUUCAGCAGAUGCUGGUGGGUCCCAGUCACUCUUCAGUGAUUCAGAUGGAGUAAGUGACUCAACACACAUCUCCUCAGUCAAUUCUUCUCAGUCAACACACAUAUCAGAGCAGGGGAGCCAGGGCUGGGACAGCCAAAUGGACACAGUGCUCAUCACCUCCCAGGAGAGAAGUGCCCUGGACCUCAGCACAGGUGGGAGCAGAGCAGUGUUUCCUGUGCUGCAGGAGAGUCCCAGGGAUACUCAGCUGGACAGCAGCAGGGGGAAGCCACCAGGUCAGGACAGACUUUGUGCCCACGAUGGUGCCUGUGGCUUGGAAAGCAAAGGCUGUGAGAAAGCUGCAGAAGAUGGCACUGCCCACAUUCAGGAUGUGCUGGCAGAAAUAAGUGACAGCUCCCGGACUCCUGAUCUGGAGCUGAGGAGGGACUCCCAGAGCUCCUCUGACUUUGAAAUUCCCUUGACUCCUGGUGCUGAAGCACCUCAGCCAGAUAAACUGCACUAUUUAUACAAGAAGCUUGCAGCAGGUGAAAACAUAAUCACUGAGAAAAAAGUUUGAGAACAGGUAUAACUGAUGACCUUGUGGUAGUAAUACCCAGCAUGUCUAUUAAUACCUGAAUUAUUUUUCUUUUUCCUGCUGGUUACUGUCUGCAGCUAUGCUGAGUCAUGCUUUAUUCAGAAGUAUCUUACUCUCAGGACCAGGCAUUUGCAGCCCAUGUACCUUUAUUGUUCCUUCCAUGAAAUACUGAAAAGGAAGUAUUCCCAGGAGGGGCAGUAAAAGUCUUCUACCUCCCAAGGUCCAAUUCUCCAGGACUGUAAACAGACAAAAAAUGGACCAGACAAAACUAAGGGUAGGACACUAAAUGAAAUUUAGUCUUUAUCAUGAGCUCUAAGAGUUUGCCUUUGUAAUGUGAUCUCAGGUUUUAAUAAAAUAGCACACUAUUAACUGUGGGGAGGAAGACCUAAGAAUGACCAUGCAAACAAGGCAGUUGUAAUUUGGCUUUAAUCCCUAUUACCAUUGUUUAUCAUUAUUAUAAUAAUUUAAUCAGUACUCACUGCAGUUAUUUUUAAAAAUAACUGCAGAACAGAUUAGAGAAUUACUGAAGUUGUGAGGGGGUUUUAAUUUGUUUUAAAUCAAAUUAUUCAUUUCAAAAAGUCUUUCUUGACACUGAGCUUUAACUCCUGAGUUAGGUACUGCAGAGUGCUGUCUAUGCUUCACCUCCAACUGCAAACAACUUGUCAUCACUUCCUCUGAGUUCUGGUUUGUUCUGAAUUUCUUCAGAAAAAUUUAAAAUCUUGUGGUUCUCAAGUUACCAGCCCUGUCCUGCUCUGGCAGGUAACCGAGCCACAGACGGUAACCUGAUAUCUCUCACAGGCUCUUGUACUACAAAACUUCACAUCCUCUGCAACACUCUGUAGACUUUACUGUUUUAAAUCAAGACAACAUUUUCUCCAUGCACAUGUGCCAUCAUAACUCUCUGCUGAAAAAUUUUGCUUCUAACCUAGAAAUAUAAUUCAGGUUUUCCUAAACUAGAGUGCCUACAAGAUAUCUAAAACACAGAAGUCGUCUAAAAAUCCCUGAGGUUUUCCACCCAUGGUUUUAAGUCCCAAAGAAUGAAACAUAAUUUAGUACAACAUCCCUCCUCUCUAAGUGUGCCUUCAGUUGUUGGGACAUGUGAAUGUUAAACCAACCAGCAUUCUGCCACAGGGAACAGAGGGAGGAGGGACAAAGCAUUGCCAUAAUCUAUGAUUCUAAGAAAGAUCCAUGUAUUUCUCCACUGUUACCUUUCCUGCUGUUUGUGGGAUUUGUUAACCUAAAUUCCAAAUGUAAACUACCAACUUUGGGGGUUUUUUAGCAAGCCUGAGUGAGUGGAACUGUUGUUGGAACUACCUCUGUGAAUAAAGUCAGACACAACAGAA